UAUGUAAUUGAACUGUGAAUAAUGAUUACCAUUGAUUGGCAUGGUUGGCAAACCACAACUACUGAGUGAAAACAGAUGACUUGCAGAAGAAGAGAUGGAAGUAAUUUAUGUAAAGCUGCAUUCAUUCGUGUGUAGUACACUCAAAAAUGAUGUGUGCAUGGUUUUUGGCAAAUGUGCGUUUUCCCACAAUAGUCACGCGCACUUACGUAAAAACCACACAUUACAUUUUUACAGUGUAUAGGCCUGGCUACUGCAAUCUAGCCUCAAUCCCAGGCCGUACUUACCAUAAGAUGAUAAGGAAAGUGUAGGCCUGGCUACUGCAAUCCAAUUUAACCAAUUGCUAUUAUAAAGACAUGACAUAAUUAUUCCCAGAGUUUUGCAUUCCUUAAUUAAUUGUGUACUCUAAGUUAUUGAAGCAGGGUCAUUUACCUGAUGUGUGUGUCCAUGAGGCCAGGGGGAGUAGGAAUGUUGACCUCUCAUUUCCGUGUGUGUGAAUGCUAAGUAGGACUGCAGCACAGGGUCAUGAAUACCAUUAACUGGACCAGUGUUUGCACUUAACUUGUUGUUCCUAGCUAGAAAUAAUACCCUCAUUAACAAAAUAUUCUACCCUGAGCUAUUAGUUCAAUAAUGUCGAUAAUGGCAAAGAGACAGAGCAGAAAUGAUCGUCCUACUUCACUACACUACCACUUCACGAAACAAACUGCCGUGUCCCAGCUAGCAACGGCUAACCAGCAGCUUCCCUCUGUAAGCAUCAACCCACCAGCAACUAACAGUCAACUCAAGUCGUUUGAUGACAUCCACAACAAACAACUGUCCAAGCCUUCCAAUACGUCAAGUGAUGUGCAAACCCUCACACCAACUACUACAAAGCAUUCCUUUUUCAGUUAUAAGAAGUUUUCAACUGAAAGUAAUGAUUCAGGCUGUCAGAGUCAAGUGUCAAGUGUCACCUCACUUCAAAGCCACAGCAAAGAAACAAGCGGUUCAAAUUUGCACGAGUCGUGUCAAAUCCUCCGAGAGUCUCCUGUAACUGAAGAUCCAUCUAAAGAAUCAGCUCCACAGUUAAUUACAGAGCCAGGCAACAAUGGUGCUAAGAAAGUGAGUGUGGAUGAGACAGCUCUUAGUAAUUUGUUUAAAGCAGUUCUCAAACUGCAAGAGGGAGCUCUGUUGCUGGCCCCGCGGAGUGCCGAAACAGAUGGCCCAUAUUAUAGACGGAGAAGCACUGGUGAAGGAGGGAGUAAAGUCAAAGAUUGUCGUCGUGUAAGCUCUCAAGCAUACUUUCAUAGCAUGGUCAAUGUUGAGCGGUCCCCUAACAACUGGAGCAGCAGAAGGACCUCCGGGUGCAUUGUGUGUGAUAGGAAGCGCAAACCAACCAUAGAUACACCACCUCCGUCAACAAAAGUUAUCAUCAAGACAUCCAUGUCAAGAAAAGCACAGCAAACCAGACGUUUCUCUGAGGCUCUGCAGGUGAUAAGACGCAGUCAAAGUACCUUGCCUUAUGUUGAACUGUACGUUCUCAAUCGUGAGGAACUCAUGAAGCUGAGGAGAGACUACAAGCCAAUUCUGAAACUGGUCCCAUUUGACGAGCCCAGAGAGAAGGUUCUAGAGAGAUGUGUCAGUGAAAAUAUGCCUGAUUUUAUUCACUAUACUGACUGGCCAUCAAUCACAUGUUACUUGGUGGCAAAGAGAUUACUCUCUAAAGAUGACCGCCAGAAAAUGUUGAGUGUUCCAACUCGUGCUGAGAAGGGAAACUGUUUCUAUCUUGAUGUGCUCCCCACUAAAGGAGACGAUGCUUAUUGUAGGCUGUAUGACUGCAUCAAAGGAGAACAAGAGCACAGCGGCCACGAACAUCUUAUUAAGAUACUAGAUAGUGCAUUGCAGUAAAUGCAAUUGCAACCUGUGUUGUUGUGUGGCAAUAAUAAAUAAUUAUUAUGAAUUUUUA